AUGGGUUUUGUCAUUUGGAAGUUGCAUUUUGGCCACUGUGAGUGCAGCUGGCAAGUCUUACAACACUUAGUUGCUCAAACGACUGUCACUGCAGAGUUUGCUGGCAAUGUGCACCUGCGCUCUGCUGAGCGCCUCCGGGAGUUGUGCUGCUCCAACCGAGGCACCUUCAUCAAGGUGGGGCAGCACCUGGGAGCGCUGGACUACCUCCUGCCUGAGGAGUACACCCGCACCCUCAAAGUGCUGCAUAGCCAGGCCCCGCAGAGCACCAGGCAGGAGAUUGAGCAAGUUAUCCGUGAGGAUCUGGGAAAAGAGAUAAAAGAGCUCUUUAUGAGUUUUGAGGACACUCCCCUGGGAGCAGCAUCACUAGCCCAGGUACACAAAGCAGUGCUGCAGGAUGGGAGAACGGUGGCAGUGAAAAUCCAGCACCCCAAGGUCCAAGCUCAGAGCUCCAAGGAUAUUUUGCUCAUGGAGGUUCUCCUCUUGGUUGUGAAGCAGAUUUUUCCAGAUUUUGAGUUCAUGUGGCUGGUGGAAGAAGCUAAGAAGAAUCUGCCCUUAGAGCUGGAUUUCCUCAAUGAAGGCAGAAAUGCUGAGAAGGUUGCUCAUAUGCUCAAAAACUUUGACUUCCUGAAGGUCCCCAGGAUCUACUGGGAUCUCUCAACAAGGCGUGUCCUUCUCAUGGAGUUUAUGGAAGGGGGACAAGUGAAUGACAGGGCCUAUAUGGAGAGGAAUGGCAUCAAUGUCAAUGAGAUCUCUCGCAACCUGGGAAAGCUCUACAGUGAAAUGAUUUUUGUGAAUGGCUUUGUGCAUUGUGACCCACACCCAGGCAAUGUGCUGGUGAAGAAGUGCCCAGCCUCUGGCAAGGCCCACAUUAUCCUCCUGGAUCAUGGGCUCUACCAGGUGCUGAGUGAGUCAUUCCGCAUGGACUACUGCCGGCUUUGGCAGGCCCUCAUCAAGGCUGAUAUGAAGAGGGUGCAGAAGUACAGCCGGCGACUUGGGGCAGGGGAUUUGUAUCCUCUCUUUGCCUGCAUGCUGACUGCCAGAUCUUGGGAAUCUGUCAACAGGGGCAUUGACCAGUCACCAGUCUCUGCCAGUGAGGACAUGGAGAUCCGGUCCAACGCUGCCACUUACUUGCCCCAGAUCACCCAGCUCCUCAACAACGUUCCCCGCCAGAUGCUGCUUCUGCUGAAGACCAAUGACUUGUUAAGGGGGAUUGAGUCAGCCCUGCACACACGGGCCAGUGCCAGCUCCUUCCUCAAUAUGUCUCGCUGCUGCAUCAGAGCUGUUUCCACGUACCAGAGGAGCAAGAGUCACUCGCUUUACAGGAGGGCCCAGAUCUCAUUCACAGAAGCCCUAAGCCUGUGGCAGAUCAACUUAUAUGAACUCUUCCUGUGGCUGAAGGGGUCCCAGCUGGGGAACUGGGUCACUGCUCUCCUGAGACGGAUGCACCAUUUAAUGUACUGA